AACAACAGGUUUUAAUUGUUUUGGACGUAGAGUUCUUAGAGGUACCUAAGAUACAACUCUCCUUCAAAUAUAUUGAAAAUAUUUAGUACUCGUCCUCAAAUACUAAUAAGAAAGCUGUGUGAAAAGCUUCUUAAUUAAUCUAAAAAAAUCCUGCAAAAUUAUUACCAAACUCAAUAUUUAUCAAAUUUAAAAGGAAUCCGCCCCAUUUUUCGUCUCUGUAUAAAGUUUCUCAAAUGUCGAGUGGUAAGAAGCUUGUAAGAUCCAAAAGCGGACUAAAAAUAGUGGAACAAAAUGAAGAAAAUAUCAGUCCGUUCCAUUUGAAAGAACCAGAAUGGGUACCGGACAAUGAAGUGAGAUAACAAUUAUUUAUUGUAUUUUCGCUCGAAUUAAGCCCACCAAUAUAUUUUUUUUGUGAUAAAACAGUGCGUAAAAUGUAUGGAUUGUCAAUCACUGUUUACUACAUUUAAACGAAGGGUAAUUACUAUUACUUGUUGCAAUAUUUUAAGAAACUACUAUAUAUUUUUUCUAUUAAUAUAAAAAAUAGCAUCAUUGCCGAAGAUGUGGACGAUGUUUCUGCAAUUCUUGCACGAAUGUAAAGGAACCUUUACCCAGAAUGUGUUUUAUUGAUCCUGUGAGAUUAUGCAAUGUUUGUGGCAUGAAAACACAAAAAGAAAACAUUUUUUAUAAUACCCACUUGAAAUUUUUAAUGGAAGGGGCCAGCUUUUACGUUUCCUAUACAUCCUCAACACCUUCUGACAAUCGGGAUAACGAACAAGUUUGCCGCCUUUCAAAUGAUCAAAAGUAUAUUCGGAUCGAAUCUAACAAUAGCAAUGCAGACGAAAUGAUCAAUUUAUCACUUAUUGAUAAUGUUCAGAUUUUAACUUGUGGAACUGAUUCUUCAGGCAGUACGACAGCGAAUGGUUUGGCAAUAAACUAUAAAGAAGCUGAUAAUUCUUUAAGAUUUGUUAAGCUAAUUAUUUGCGAAAACGAUAAGAAGGCUUCUCUAAAUUGGGUAACAGCAAUGAUAAAGGCUUUUAAGUUGAUGUUUGAAAGUCGUGAAAGUGGAUGCAUUCCAAGUCCGGCUACCCCAACAACACCAACUUCGUUGAAAGUGCUUGUACAGUGA